AUGUCUUCCGCUCCACCUACGCCCGAAGUACCCAAGGUCCAACAGGUACUUCAUGUCUACGCAAAGUCGGUCCUGUCAUGCACAUUUGGUCGGUCAGCAGCGUCUAGUCGAACAGGUGUUGCUCCUCCGCCUUCUUAUCAGUCGGUCACUGUCAACGGCGUAACUACACUUCUGUACCUCAACUCGCGUGACGGGACAAUACGUACCGUUGGGAGCGUGAAUGGGAUGGGACCUUCGCCCAGGAGGGAGCGAAAAAGUCGAAUAACCACCGGGAUUGAGCAAGGACCUCAAAUUCAGGUAUUUUUAUCUAUUCUUCGUUUCUUCAUUCUCGUGCUCAUGGGGGCACGGAUAAAACCGGACAGGUCAGACACACAGAGUCGCGAUACCGCUGGCGGGUUUCCCUUCACAGUCUAUACUAUAUUCGAUGCUUCUGCACCUCCAGGCCCAACUCCUGCGCAUACCUGCCUGGGGCAACUCACCAUUCGGGACCUUCAAAAGCCUACUAAUACACUGGGUAAAUUUGACCCAGCACGCCUUCGAUUCUUUGGAGGCUCAGAUUCUCAUAAGAAGGAUGGCAACAUGAUUGUUCGCCUUGAAAUCCGGACACGAGAUAAACCUAUGAUUGACAAGAUUGUCUUUGGCUCUUUGCUCAUUAUCGCAGGCAAGCACCCGGUCGAAGCCGACUCACGUGUCGAAGCGGAUCGUCUACUGUCUUCCGCCCAAAACGAAUGGGACGCUCCACCAGCUUUGUCGAACCUCGCCACUCCAUUGUUGAGCCCAAAUCCCUCAGGUGAACACCUUCCGCUAGACGGCGCGAAUGCUGCAGCACCCCAGUAUGGAGAUGACGGUGGCUCAAAAGAUAAACUUCUUCCUUUGCCCGAGGAUCCAUUUUCUCAGGAUUUGCCUGUGGCCGGCCCAAGCACAGCUGGUCCCUCUCGCUCAGCUGUAGCUGCUUGA